AUGAGUAGGACAUGUUCGGAAACGCGCGACUUCUACCUACUUAUCCUUGUGAACGCGACCCUUCCCACGCAAGACAUUGCUUGGUGGUCGUCUCCCUUCCGCCUCCUCGACCUCCCCACAGAACUUUGGGUCAAGAUUGCCCGACUAGCUCUUCACGACCAUCCCAAAAUCGACGUCGACUCCUUCUUCCCUCCCCUGCAGGGCUACGACCCCAAACGCCGCGCUCAAUACCAAGAACGAGCUCGCGCACUCUACCAGCAACCUGCUCUCGCAAGAACCUGCCACACCUUGCGAAACGAACUGCUGCCGUGGAUCUACACGACCACCGUUGAUAUUUUGAUCCCGGAUAGUAAAGGUGUCUGGCACCUGGAGCAGAUUGGAUCGUGGUUGAGGAUGAUUGGAAGGGAGAAUCGGAAGCAUGUCACGGAGAUGCGAAUGUUGAGCAGCAAGAGGAGUUUGCGGGAUUCCAAUCAGGUACAGGAUGUGGCGCGUGCGUGGGAAGGGAUUGAGUACAGGUUUUGCGAGCCGGAGAGUUUCAAGGCUGGGGAGGAGGAGUUGUUGAGGGAUUGUAAUUGGAAGUAUUACAAAUGGAUCACGAGGGUUGAGUUUGUAUGA